AUGGGCCGUACAAUAUCUUCGCCUCAUACCGGAAGCGGCGCCUCGCCUCAGUCGCUUGACGUUCUUCGCCAAAACGACCCGAGCUUCUCUGCUUCUCCGGCAGAACAUUCGAGAGGUCUGCAGCGCGUAGGACUCCUGACUUUGGACUUUUCCUCCUGUCUCCUCCUGGACCUCCUUCCAGAAAACGAGGCCAGCUCUCAGCAGCACGUUCACAGAGACGCGUGGAAGACCAGUGUUGGGUUUAUGUCUUUGCUUUGUGAAAACGAGCUGUUGCGCAGCCGUUGGAACCUGUCUGGUGGAACCGUCCUCUUGAAGCCUUCAGCUCGCGGCCACAGCGGCACAGCGUUUUUCAUGUCAGAGACCGAGCUCGCUUGGCCAGCUGCCACCAUGUCUGUCAACGUCAACCGCAGCGUGUCGGACCAGUUCUACCGCUACAAGAUGCCCCGUCUGAUUGCCAAGGUGGAAGGCAAAGGGAAUGGAAUCAAGACGGUCAUAGUCAACAUGGUUGAUGUUGCCAAGGCUCUGAACAGGCCUCCCACAUACCCGACCAAGUUUUUUGGUUGUGAACUGGGCGCUCAGACUCAGUUCGAUUCCAAAAACGACCGCUACAUCGUGAACGGUUCCCACGAGGCCAACAAGCUGCAGGACAUGCUGGACGGCUUCAUCCGCAAGUUUGUGCUGUGCUCAGAGUGCGACAACCCAGAGACCGAUCUGCAUGUUAAUCCCAAGAAGCAAACGAUCGGUGCGUUGUGUAAAGCGUGUGGACAUCGCGGCAUGUUGGACCUGAGACACAAGCUCUGCACCUUCAUCCUGAAGAACCCACCAGAGGCCACAGAACCCGGCUCGGCUUCAGUAAAAAAAGAAAAGGAGAAAAAGAACAGAAAGAAAGACAAAGAAAACGGAUCAGGGAGUGGAGAAGCCGGCAGCGAGCACAUCGACGCUCCAGACGCAGUGGAUGGAGAUGAUGAUGAUGAGGACUGGGCGGAGGAGACCACGGAGGAGGCGCAGAGACGCAGAAUGGAGGAGAUCAGUGACCACGCCAAGGUCCUGACGCUGAGUGAGGACCUGGAGAAGCCGCUGGAGGAGAGGGUCAACCUCUUUUACAACUUUGUCAAGCAUAAGAAGGAGAGUGGGACCAUCGAUGCUCUGGAUAAGGAGGUCCUGGCUGAGGCAGAGCGGCUGGAUGUGAAGGCCAUGGGACCUCUGAUCCUCUCUGAACUCCUGUUUGACGAAAACAUCAGAGACCAGAUCAAGAAGUACAAGCGACACUUCCUCCGGUUCUGCCACAACAAUAAGAAAGCUCAGAAGUAUCUCCUGGGAGGAUUCGAGUGUUUGGUGAAGCUGCACCAGGUCCAUCUUCUGUCCCGAGUCCCCAUCAUCCUCAAAGACCUGUACGACGCCGACCUACUGGAGGAGGACGUAAUCUUCGCCUGGGCCGAGAAGGUGUCAAAGAAGUACGUGUCGAAGGAGCUCGCUAAAGAGAUCCACGCUAAAGCUGCUCCAUUUGUGAAGUGGCUGAAGGAAGCGGAGGAGGAGAGCGAGGGCAGUGAGGAAGAGGAGGAGGAGGACGAGAACGUGGAGGUGGUGUACUCGUCCUCUGCUCGUGAGCUCAAAGUGGAAACAGUGAAAACGGCAGAGAAAGAAGAGGAUGACAUCGACAUUGACGCUAUUUAA